AUGCAAAAUUCGGAACCGAAUAAAAUUUCAUUGCAAGAAUUGAUACAAAGGCUCGAAUGGUAUAGGAAUCAAUCUUUGGUUCAAGAUCAUCAAGAGGAAAAUGUUGAUGAGCUGAAACACGACGAAGGAGAAGGUUCCGAUGAAGAGGAAGAACCACAGGUUGCUGAUUCCGAGGAAGAAGAAGAAGGGCCUAUGAAGAAGCAACAUAUCAAUUCAGAGAUUCAAUUUCUCUUCAAUGCUUCUCAAUUUAUGAUCAGUAAUCGAUUGAAAAAGAAGGACGGAGAGAAGGUAAAAUUAUUAAUUCAGGCCAUGAAAAAUCCUGAUUCCGAUGAAGCUUCUCCCUUUAUAUUUCCUCUUGCACAGUCUAGGAAAUUACAAAAGAACAUUAUUAAGAAUUUUGGUGCUCAAUUAUUGAACCAAUGCUUGAGCGAUUUCAUAUCAAAGCCUCACUUGAAAUCUCAUACGAGCUCGGAACCAUCCAUGAAGAAGAAUGGAAAAAUGGAAGAGCACGGUAGUGAAGAAAAUCCCUCAGCGGAUGAGGAACAAGAAGAAACAGAGAUUGUCAACAAACACGACAGUUCCGUUCACUCUGGAAAUAUUUAUCACAAUGCACAAGAAGGAAACAAGAUUGAGGUUGACAUUCACCACUUGUACCAGCAAUCUGUGCAGUCGUCAAGAGAUGAUGUGAAUUUAUUUGAGAAAAUGUUCAAGACGUAUUUUCAACAAAAAGCACCACAUGUUUUCAGGGAAGAUUUUUGUGGUACUGGUCUAUUGUGUUGUGAAUGGGCCAAACGAGGAGUUGAAAAUAUUUCCAUUGGUAUUGAUUUAGAUCAUGACACUAUUCAAUGGGGAAGAAAACACAACAUGGAAACAAAAUAUUCAAAAUUCAACGUGAGUGAUAGAAUUUACACAUUUACCAAGAAUGUUCUCGAAUUCAAUUGGGAAGAAGAAUUACGAGAUUGUGAAUUGUUGCUCGCUCAAGACGAAGACACUGGAAAGUGUUAUCUCAGAAAGGCCGAUAUUAUUUGUGCCUACAAUUACAGUGUGUGUCUUCUCCACAAGAGAAAAGAUUUGAUUUUAUACUUUAAAAAAGUGAGAGAAUCGAUGGCUGAUUAUGGCUCCAUCUUUCUAUUGGACCUGCUUGGAGGAGCAAAAAUGUUGUCAGUCAACGAUCGAGAACGUGUCCGAAAGGAUUUGCCUGGAGGUAUCAUGUAUGAAUUUGAGCAAACCAGUUACAAUCCAAUUACAGAUAUUUUAACAUGUCACAUUCACUUCAAACUCAGUGAUCAUUGGAUUAAAAAAGCGUUCAGUUAUCAAUUUCGUAAAUGGGGAGUGCGAGAAUUGAAAGAAGCUCUCGAUGAAGCAGGAUUUAGUAAGGUUGAAUUGUACUGGGCCUCACAUGAUCGCGAUGAAGAUAAUCAUGACGUCUCUGGUUCCCUUCAAUUCGAGAAAGUGAAAAAUAUUGAAAAGAUUGGUCAAUCUGGAAGUUGGACAGCCCUUUUUUGCUGUCUAAAAUAA